UGGACGCACACCCUGAUAUAGAAUGACAGCACAUUGCCGCAAUUUAAAUGACGCUGCCUCCGCCUCUUCAGAAGGACAGGUCCUCCAGAGAGCACCAGCCACAGCAACUGCCCACCCUUGCAAAAAACGUCUUCAUCAUGGCAUAUAAAGCAGCACAUUUGGCCUUUAAGUCGCGCUGGCACAAGACAGAUGAAGAACUCUGUCGGCACAGUAUGUCCUUCGUUUUGCAUACAGCAAUCCGAAAUGACUUCUUUCAGAGUUACCUUUAUCUGCUGGAAAAGCUUCCUCUGGUGAAACUUUACGCUUUGACAAGUCAAGUUAUCAAUGGGGAGAUGCAGUUCUACGCCAGGGCCAAACACUUCUACCGGGAGGUGCCAGCCACAGAAGAGGGCAUGAUGGGAGACUACAUUGAGCUCUCCAAUACAGACAUUGAAUCCUCCAGGGAGUUUCUCAGGAAGUUUGUUGGGGGGGUGGGGAAAGCUGGCACCAACCGCGCCCUGGACUGCGGCUCUGGGAUAGGUCGUAUCAGCAAGCAUGUCCUGUUACCAGUUUUCAAGAGCGUGGAACUGGUGGAUAUGAUGGAGAAUUUCCUGGCUGAGGUCCCGAACUACCUGCAGGGCAAGGAGGACAGAGUAGAGAUGUAUUAUUGCAAAAGCCUCCAGGAAUUCACUCCAGCCCCACAAAGAUAUGAUGUCAUCUGGAUUCAGUGGGUUUCAGGAUAUCUGACAGAUAAAGAUCUCCUGGAGUUUCUCAUCCGGUGCCAGAAUGGCUUGAAGGAUAAUGGUAUUAUCAUUCUCAAGGACAAUGUAGCCAGGGAGGGCUGUAUCCUGGAUUGUCUGGAUAGUAGUGUGAUCCGAGACCUGAACAUCCUCCACAGCCUCAUUGAAAUGAGUGGACUCACCAUUCUACGAGAGGAGAGGCAGGAGGGAUUCCCUGAGCAGUGUGUCCCUGUCUGGAUGUUGGCCAUGCAGAAAGGCCCUGGCCAUUCCUGAUUGCAUAGUGAGACUGCAGAGACUGGACUAUGGAGGAACCGCAGGACUGGGAAGAAGAAAAGCAUCUACUGGAAUCCUCCUAACCAUACACUGCUACUACUACAACUCUUGGGCAGCAACUCCUAAAGGAUCAGGAGAGAAUUACAAUUGAGCCAGCUUCUCCAGGAAAUAGUCUGCUUCUAAAUCCUGCCUGCCUCAUUGUUCUCUCCGUUUUUAAAAGCUGUUCUUUUGCUCCUUGUCAGAUCUCUUUUUCGUUAAGGAGUCAAUACUGGGCAAACCUCAACUAAUAGAAAAUAAUAAGGUCUGAAGUUUUUGUAGUGGCUAAUACAUUUUGGAGUGUUCUGUAUGAGGUGUUAACAAAUAAGCCUGGCUUUUACUAUGGCACUUAAGUCUUCUUGGAAUUUAAGAAGGAUCUGUCGGGUCACUGAAGCAGGAAAUUCAGAUAACUUCUGGAAAACCUAACCCAAAUUUUUACUGUCAUCACUAACUGUACUUGAAAAUACUUAAACCAAAAAUGCAAGGAAAGUUUUAUCCAUUUGUUGGCAUCAGCUAUGAAGUUUAUUUAUUUUUUUGCACUUCUGUCAGUAUGGACAAUAAGACAACCUGGUUAAUUUUCCAUUUUUAGGAGCUACUUUAUCUUCCUGAUGUUUCUGUCACAGAACAAUAGUGGUGUGUAAGGCUUUCGCACUCCAGGGAAAUACUUAGAUGACAAAUAUAUGCAUGUUUGCGUUGAAAUUUUGUGAAAAGAUUGCCCCACAAAUUACAUUCUGGAAAAUAUUUUUUCAAAGUGUUCACAGUGGAAACCACUUGAAAGCUUCUCUUUAUUAUUCAUACCACUGUAAAUUUCUUUCUUUCCCACAUUCAGAACAAGUCUGGCACCAUAUGCAGAGCUAAUGGGAUUUCAUGGGGUGUUAAUAGUAAGACUGUAAGAAGAGCUAAUACAGUAUUGUAUUAAUUAACAACUGUACUAAACUGCAGAGGGUGUUAGUGUAACCCAAAAGCAUCUAUGAUUUAUAUUCAAACAGCAGCUGUAUAAGCCUGGAUUUGAAAAUACUAACAUACAUACCAUCUUCUUAAGGCUCACAGAAAUUACACAUUGAGUUUCUUGUCCUCUUUGUGUAGGCACAGAAAGUACAGUGGGAAGACAGAAGUUUGUUUUGCAAAAUAUUUGCGAUUUGAAAUUCUGCUUCAUUCUGAAUGAGGACAAGAAGGGAUAAUUUUGAAAUUCUUUAUGAAGGAAAACCACACAACCACAGACUUUUCCAAGUUGAUUUGACUUUUUAAAGACUUGCAUUUUGACAAAUCUCCAUCUUCUGGUGGAAAGGGGUUCUAUAAAACAUCUUCCACAUGAGCGUAGGCACAAUUGUCUGUGUCAAAUAUUGUCAUCUGUAUUAACUUAACUCACAUAGAAGCCUAAAGAUAACAAGAUCAGGGAACCUCUCAACUGGAUUUUAGUACACUUUGCCAUCCUUUGAUAACAAAUCCAGUUUUGAUUUUAAUUGCAUAACUCAUCUUCUCUAGCAAUAUGGUUGCAUAUGUUGAGACUUUCCAAUUUAUGGCAGAGGGCUUCCUGACAUCAAAUCUUAUUGAAUAAUUGUUCUCUUAAUGUGCCAUCACUAAUUGUAGCAUUAAGGAAAACAACCCUGGUGAUUUGGUGAAUAUUCUGGCGUGUCAUAUAUCCUAGAAACCUAUGGUUCCCAUGACACAGAUGCUUCUGGAAUGUUUUGGCUAAUUCUUCCAUUCUAAUCAACUGGUAAUGGGCAUAAAUUUAGUAUUGUUAAAAACCUUAGGUGAACACUUACAGUCUGGAAUUGUCCCCAGAACUAAGUGCUUCAAAUUCCCUUUAAGCCACUACUAUGCUUUCAUUCUGCCGAGGCUCCUAAAAGCUGGUGUGGUCUUUGCAUGCAUAUGAGUACAUGCAGAUAUCUGAAGGAAACCCAGUCAUUUGUUUUACAGGAAGGAGGCAUAAGUCCUGUAGUUAGUAACACUGGUUAGCAGUAACAGGAGAGUAUUUAAAAGGCCUUUACGUAGAUUACAAAUUAAUUUCCCCUUCACCAUUUUUUUUUUCCAGCCAGAGACCUCUGCCAUGGUGCAGAAUACUUGGGGACCACUGGAGAUCCUAGUACAAUUGUGUCUGUGCCAGGCAUAUCUGAAUGGUGUUGGUCACUACAAUGGUGAGAAAACGGCAUUGUGGAAAUAGGAAAGUAAACAAUUGUAUACAAAUCUAAACAGCUGCCACAUCUUGCAGGGCAGAAUAUAUCAGCUGUUCACUUACACACCAGAGUGGGUGCAGUUCAGUAAUGAGAGGCGUGGUUCCAAGAUGGAUAUAGAAUGUAAAGUGGUUUAGGUUGAAAGGUAGACUAUAAAUGACUGGCACUGUUAUCAGUGAAAUACAUUUUUCAAGGUAGAAAUGUUCUUCCUGUAUUUUGUACGUGUUUCCUAUUUGAAUUUCCAGAGUACGUAUACAUAAAUGUAUAAUGAAAAUUGGUUCCCUUAACUAAGUGAGAACAGAAACAAGUAAAAACUUAAUUUGGUAGAAAAAAACAUAUUUCAUGGUUCCCACAUUCCUGGAAAUUAAUGUUUCAUGGCUAUGUUGCUUCCACAGUAAAAUAUUAAAGCUUUUCUGGUGACAUAAUGAACCUCAAGAAUAAAGAAACACAAGCCCUCCAGGGGCUUAAAUGCAUGAGAUUGCUGCAGGCUGAAUAAUAUUUUGGUUUCCUCUUUUUCCAAGGUAUAUUUUAAUUCCAGAACUCCCAGUCAACAGCCUAGGCCACUCUUAAAUGUUCAUGAAUUUGGGUAAGGGCCAUUCUUGGCUUAAAAGUUCAGGGCUCUCUGGACUUUACCAUAGUAUAUAAUAAUAAUAAUGAAUCACAAAUUUCAAACAGAAGUUCUUGCUUACAAAUCAUCUAUGUGUCAGUUGCUCUUUAGUGUUCAAAGACUGGAUAAUCAACUCAGUUGCUCUGCCUCAAAUUUCAAGUUAUUUAAACAUGCAUUUAAACAAGUCUUUAGCUCAUCAGAUUGCAAUGGGAGUUUGAAUCCCAUUUGUUUGGUGCUAAUUUAAGACUUGUUCCCAAUCUCAACGUUACCAGAAAUUUAAUCCAAGAUCAAGACUUUGUCUGAGGCAAGGUUCACAGAACAUUCAGGGUCCUUCAAGCUCAAGCCCUCAUUCUCCACAGACAGGUAAUGAGUUAAAUACCCACUCAGUCCUUCCAUCAGAUGUUUCUGCCAGGCAACCACUAUUCAAGUAAACACUUAGCCAAAGUGCAGUAAAGCCAAUUUCUGCCAUGUCACCUCCAAAGCUCUUGGUAAUGCUUGGAUUCCCCGUAUCAGGUCCAGUGCUUCUAUUCUGUGUGACUGAAGGCCAAAUAUUAUCUUUAUUAUACGAAUGUAAAGUUCCUUGCAAAAGAGAUCCUCAAGCCAUGACAGUAGCCCCCAAAUGCUACUGCAACCCAAGCAAAAUGUAAGGAAGCAAUUAUUACAGCAUUCUGAACAGUGAUCCCAACUGUGCAGCUCCAGCAACCAUCAAAGCUCAAGCUGUUCAUGUUCUGAAGGCAACUCAGACAUUACAAAUGUCCUUUCAUUCCUAAUUGGAAGAGAGAGCCAUCAUUUUGAAACAUAUUGCCGAGUGGAUGUUCUAAAAUAUUUUGUUUCAGAAAUACUGAAAUGAUCAUAUCAAAUAUUUUUAGUUUGACUUUCUUGUUUGGAUGUUUAUAUAACCUAGUCUAAACUGACAUGUUAUGUGAGAUGAUAAUAUAAUAUAUUUUAUAGUAUUGUAAUAGUUACAGUGAAACAUUAGUUUCCUACAGAAUACUCUAAUAAAAUCAGUACAUUCCCUGCCCCCAGAUUUAGUGAAAAAGUCAGCAAUUUCCAGAGGAGACAGUCAUUCAAGAGUAACAGUCCUGUCAAGAAAUAUUUGCCCAAGCUCUUUUUCUCCAGACGUAUCCCAUCCAUUCAGGCAGCUUGCAGUGUGCCUAGUCUAGGGAGCAGCCACUUUGGGCUCUUUGACAGGCAAGAAGAAGGAACUGGUACCUCCAGAGCAAUUCAGACCACAUCAGAGCUGAACUGGCUUGAAAUAAGAGAAUCUUCCCUCUCCCUGGUGGUUGUACAGUGAGAAUGAAAGUGCAUCCUUGUUAUAACCAAUUCAGCAUCUUCAUUGUUAAUGUCAAACAGAAGUGCAACGUCAUCUGAGGAGCUGUGACUGUCAAAAUCAGCAAAAGGCAUGGACUUGGAUAACCAAACACCCAUUAAAAAUCAAAGUCAUGGUACCGGGGCACUACAUUAAUGGGAGCAAUAUAUCACUGCAUAAUGCCAACUGGCAAAAGCUUUGCCGGUUACUCCACUGGCUGCCCUGAGUACCUCUAUGCCAUUCACUUGUUUUUUCCAUUCUCUUAAUCCAGGCUCCCCAGAGUGUUUACAAUGGCAUAUCAGGCAGUAGACCUGUCCAGAGGAACUUGACUGUUAUGUGUGAUUAAAACCAGUUGUGUUGCAUCCCAUCCCUCUUCUCCUCCUUUGAUGCUUCUUCCAACUUGCCAAGAAAAUCCCUCCUCCACUUGCCAAAAGUGAUUUGUUCUCUGUGGACAUCACCACAUCUCACUGAAGUAAAACAGAUUACCUUUGAUUUUAAGAGGAGGUAAUUCCGUUUAUCUCAGAGCAAUAACAACACGCUGUAUUUCAAACAUACAGGUUAAUACCUGUCUCUUUCAAUUGAUGUGAAGUAGGCACUCCCAGACCUUUGUACCAAACAAAGCUCACGUUCUCAUCAUCACC